UGAUUUUCAUGAUGGUUUUGAUGUUUUGUAUGAAGCACUUUGAGUUGCCCUGUUGCUGAUGUGCUAUAGAAAUAAACUUGCCUUACCUUGCCCAAAGUUUAUAUCAAUAGCUUAAUUUAUCCUAUUAAAACUUUACCACGUUGUAGUCAUCACAAAGACCAUCAGUGGAUUCAUUUACUGUCAGCUGCGAAAUUGACCGCGUUAAAGUGAAGCGGUCGUCUACUGUUUCCAUGGAAACACGCUAGCUGCCGCCACCGUUAGCUUGAAUGAUAGUGACACAGCACAAACUGAAGCUUACACUUACAAAAAAUAUUUAUAAUAGUUGUUUACCUCUUUAUUACCUCUUUUUUUCUCGUUGUUCUGGCUUAUCCUGAAUGUUCAGCAACCGAAACCUCCAUUCUCCACCUCGUUAGCAUCCUCGGAAAUCUAAGAUCAUCGCACACCAACGAAAACAUACUACGCAGUUUAAUUUAACCGAAUAAAUUCGACAUUUUAGUUACAUCUAAACUCCUAAAACUAUAAAAGAAUGAGUUGUUGUUGUUUAACGGGCAUUUAAACUUUAAGUAACACAAAAGCUCAGUCUUGUCAAACUUACCAAAACCAAACCGUCAACGGUUAACAUUUACGUCACAGAGAUGUCACAACGCUACCGUGACGUUUAACGUUUAACGUACCGUUUUUUUAACGGUUAACAUAAUAAUAAACUAAAUAUUGAAAAAAAAAAAAACAUAAGAUCUGGGCUAAUAAAAUACAUUCAUGUCAUUUCAAAGACAUACAACUGAGGAUUAUGGCCACAUAAAAAAAAAAAUAAUAAUUGAAUUUCGAGAAUAAAGUUGUACAUUUACGAGAUUAAACGAUUAAACUCGUAAAUUUACAAGUUUCCUUACGAGGAAGGGAAAAGCAUGCACGGUCUAACUCAGAGGUAAACUAGGUCACAUGAACAGACUCCAUGUAUUUAUCCGUGUCCUUGCAGGUCGCUGGCCGUUCUGCAGCUGAGCGAUGGAGCUGAAGGUGUGGGUGGAGGGUGUAGCCCGAGUGGUGUGUGGCCUGUCUCUGAACACUUCCUGCCAGGAUGUCGUCAUAGCUCUUGCACAAUCGAUCGGUCAGACCGGUCGGUACGUUCUGAUCCUGAAGUUGAGAGGAACAGAGCGACAGAUGGUUGCAGAUGACUGUCCUCUGCAGCAGCUGGCUCAGCUGGGGCAGCUGGCUGCAGAGGUCAGGUUCGUCCUGCGGAGGACCGGUCCCACCCUCAGUGAUGGUCAAGACACACCCACCAGACAGAGCGGUCUGCCUCUGCCUGGAUCAGCAGAACCAGAUCCUGUCAGGAGCAGAGAGCCACACAAGGCUUUCACCUUUAAUCUGGGUCCCUCAACAAGUCCCAGGAGGACUAAAUCAAACAGGGCUUGGUCUCCGUCGCCCAGAGCCUCCCCGGAGCCAAGAGCUUCCCCAGUCUCUUUUCUAGACCCCAUCAACCCUGUGCAGGCUCUGCACCCUUCCUCCAAAGACGAUGUUUUCAGGCAGAUUCUGCAGCAACAGAGGAGGCUGCAAGACCUGGAGAUUGAGAUUCAAGCUCUGGAGAGGGAGACAGACAUGUGGGAGCAGGAGAGUUCAUCUGCUGGUCUGAAUCUGGUCUCUGAUGGUGAACUGGAGGAGCUGGAGCAGAGGCUGAGCCUGAACCAGGAAGAGCUGAUGCACAGAGAGCACUGGGAGAGACAGUUACAGAAAGAGAUCGACAGAGAGCGAGACAUGCACGGACGUCUGAAUCAGAUGCAGCUCUCGAUGGAAGAUCACAGUUUUCAGAUCAGGGAGCUCUACGGCCGCUCUGCACACCUGGAACAGGACCUGACACUCAGAUCCCACAGACAGAGCUCUCAGACUGGCCCCCGGCAGCCGGAUGAGGCCCUAAGGCCCCUGAAGCAGCAGCUCCACCAACGUCUGCAGCAGGGAGAUGAGCUGGACAUAACAUUGUCAGAAACACAGAAGAAGCUACGAGCUGCAGAGGAUCAGCUACAGGACAGAUGGGAGAUGAUCGAGGAGCUGAAUAAGGAGCUGAGACAGUGUAACCUGCAGCAGUUUAUCCAGCAGACCGGCGGUCCAUACGCUGACCAGACAAACUCUCUGCAUGUCACCGAAGUUUACCUCAGAAACGCUGGGAUAAUGGAGUAACAGCUGAAAGUCACUGUACGUCAUCAGAGAGUUCAAAGUGUUGAUAAAAAGCUGUAGUGUUUUUACUUAUUUGACUUGAUGCACUUUUCUGUGCGGUGUCUGACAGUUUCAGCCUCUGGCUCAGUGUAGUUGAAGUACCUGUACCUGUUUUUCACUUGAGCUAAUUCUCAUGUUAACUUUUGUGAAUGUGUUUUGGGACUUUUUGUACUUUUAUUGUAAUGAUAGGACAGUGGAUAGAGUCGGGAAUCCUAGAGAGAGAGAGAGAGAGAGAGAGAGAGAGAGAGAGAUAGUCUGUCGGGGAAAGCACAGGCUGGAUUUGUCCCCGGCUGCUCUCUUCAAAGACUACCGCCUCUGUACAGGAGACGCCCAAACCAACCACUUGGCCACUGCCGCUCAGUGUAGCCGUUGAAUCUUGAUGCCUGCUGCAGAUCUAAUUUCCUUUGGAAUUAAAAAUGAAGUUGAAGCUAAGUCGAAGUUGAAGGACAUCACAGACUGUGUGUGUGUGUGUGUGUGUGUGUGUGUGUGUGUGUGUGUGUGUGUGUGUGUGUGUGUGUGUG